UGCAGUGGAGUAAAAAUAGAAACAAGACUGGAUAUUUAAGACAUCGCCAAACAGACUACUUGGUACACACACUGAUGAUGACACAUGGUUUGAUUGCUUGUUGUCUCUGUCUCCCUUACGUUUUGUGCAAGUAAAGUUAGACAGAAGUGAAAGAAGGAGUUUGUUUGUACAUGCCCACUUUUUACACACAGAAGUUACGGACUUUCACACCCUCGACCCAAUCCCACCAUGCACUGUGUGAGCAGAGGAGGCUGCUACCUGCUGAACUCCCACUGUGAGCUUCAGGAGGAAAACCAGUGGAAGAAGGAGAGCUACCAAGCAUGCUGGCUGAGCCUGGUCCUUGAAACAAGACCACAAUACAAGCUGACACUGUCGGAGACAGACAACGUCCGUAGAGAGAGUUACAAGCAGCAGCAGGUGAUCCACUUCACGGUCGAGAGGACUCUCAGCCAGAGGCUGAGGCUGGGCAGCAACAGCACAGGCAUGACAGAGCACCAGCUGCCCCUCUUCAACACCAACAAGGACCUACGUCAUGCCACAACCACCUCUGGGUGCACAGGACAAAAGCCAGUUAUACUAGGGAAGGGGAAUAAUGGAGUGGAUACACGGGAGGUGACUGCGAGAACUCAGGACCUCAGCAAGCCGGUCCGGGUGAACUUCAGAGCCUCAAAGCUGAUGUCCUCACCCAGAGAAACCUCUCUGAGGGUGCAGAGGAGGGAGUGACACAAGGAGGGGGAAGGCAUGUAAAGGUUCAGGAAA